AUGGCGGAAGUAAAGCCCAUUGAAGUCGCCAUCAUUGGUGGUGGAAUUACAGGACUCGCCCUAGCAUUGGGUCUGCAACGCAGAAGCAUUCCAUUCCACAUCUACGAAAGGGCAAGCAGUCUGCGCGAAAUUGGAGCAGGCAUUGGUUUCACCCCGAAUGCCGAGCGGGCCAUGCUGGCUCUGGACCCUCGCAUUCACCAGUCUUUCAAGAGCGUUGCGUCCCAGAAUGCGUCGGAUUGGUUUCAAUAUGUAGAUGGCUACGGCAGUGUUGACGGCGACAAAGAAACGGUGGACGAAGCUUCACUAUUCAGCUUGUAUCUGGGCGAGCGUGGGUUUGAGGGCUGCCACCGUGCACAGUUUCUCAAAUGUCUAGUCGACUGUCUUCCAGAAGACUGCGUUACGUACGGGGCCCAGCUCGAGACCAUUGUUGAUCCAGUUGGUGAUGAACGAGUUGUGAUGAAGUUCCACGAUGGUACAACGGCUGAGGCUGACAUGGUCAUCGGCUGCGACGGCAUUCGUUCUCGUGUUCGCCAAUUGAUCCUGGGCGAAGACAAUCCGGCUUCCUAUCCUGGCUACAGCCAUAAAAAGGCCUACCGUGGCUUGAUCCCCAUGGAGAAGGCCUUACCGGCCCUCGGCGAGGCAAAAGUGAAUACACGAUUCAUGCAUCUUGGCCAGGAUGCGCAUGCCCUGACGUUUCCUGUCGCCGGAGGAACAUUAAUGAACGUGGUAGCCUUUGUCACUGACCCCGGCGAAUGGCCUUAUGCAGAUAAACUAUCUGCCCCCGCAGACAAAAACGAAGCCAUUGCCCAGUUUUCAAAGUUUGGAGGAGCGGUCCGAACGAUUAUGAGCCUGUUGUCAGAAAACCUCGAUGAAUGGGCCAUUUUUGAUUAUUACGAUCACCCAGCCUCAACGUACUACAAAGGCCGCAUUUCUAUUGCUGGCGACGCCGCUCAUGCCUCCGCUCCUCAUCACGGUGCCGGUGCCGGUGCUGGAAUUGAAGACGCUACAGUGCUCGCAGCAGUGAUAGAGUUGGCACAGUCCACAUUACGUGAGUCUGGAACAGCUUCUAAAUCGGAUAUAUUGAACGCAGCUUUUGAGACGUACAAUACAGUACGACUGGAGCGAUCCCAGUGGCUCGUCGAAAGCAGUCGUAUCCUGGGUGAGCUGUAUGACUGGCAGCAUGAACCGACAGGAAACGACAAGGACAAGUGCAGUGAAGAGGUAUACUGGCGCUCGCACAAGAUCUGGGAUUACGACAUUGACGAGAUGUUACAGCAAACGACGGAGGAGUAUCGUAAACGAGCUGUCAUUUUUCUACUUUGA